CGCCCGACGCGCCCGGCGGCGGCCGCGGGCGGCGCUGGCGGCCAUGCUCGCUGGCCGUGCUCGCAUGCAGGGGCCUCGCCAGUGGCUGGAUCGCCGCGGGCGCGUUCGUGCCCUGCUGGCGGCAGGCGGGCGGCAGAGAGCCAGGCGUGGCGAGGCGCGGGAUAAAGAGCUCGAAUCUCCUCAGGAUGAACCGCGACGACGAGAUGGGCAGCACGGGCAAGCAUUUCGCGAAGUACACCGGCCACGUGCGAUGGCACCCGACGAGGAGAGUGAAGUGCGCCAGCGAUGAGGAGGCCGAGAAGAUCUUCAUGGAGACCGGAAGAAAGGCCCAGCCGCUCCGCGACGUCGAGCGGCGCCGCAUGGCAGAAUGGGUGGGGGCCCAUUGCAUCACGAAGCUCGUGGCGCAGAUGCUGAUCAGGCGUGAGGUCCACCCGGAGCGGAGCCACGACCGGAUCGUGGUGUACGCCAAGAUGAGGGCCGACUAUCUGGUCCCAGACAUGGACUCGGGCGACCCGCUGAGGCGGGGCUUCGACCUGAAGUUCAAGGCCGCUCUCAGGGAGAACCUGGACCCCAAUCUGCCGACCAGCGAGCGGCAGCUGCACAACGAGCCAGAGAGGGCAGUAUGCUGGAAGAUCAUGAGGUCGAAUGGCGCUCUGGUGCACGACGAGCUCAUGGACAACUUCUGGACCACGUGCAUCUUGGACAACGUUGUGGAGCUGGGCGAGCUGGUUGCGCAGCACUUUGCGGCCCACGUGGAUCGGUAUCCCACCGAGGGGAAUACGAAGGAGCUGAACAAGUACGGCAGGCGUACGACGAAGCGAAUACGAGCGGAUUGGCGCAUCGACUUCGAGAUGCCGACGUGGAGCGACAAGGAUCUCGAACGACGUACCCAGAACGGCAAAGUGCAGGAGCCUCACGACGCAGGCCUCGGGCAUCUGCUGUACGAGAUGCACACGAAGAAGGACAAGAGGAAGCGGAGUCCGACAAUCCAGGUCAACAUGUGCUGA